AGCCGUUUCGGUGCGAUGGCGCACGCGGCUGCACGGACCCAGACAUCCGACGUUGUCGGCGCGCUUUCGAUUUUUUCACACUGUGGUUCCCCAGAGGUCUGGACCGCUUCCUCUGGACCGGCUUUUCAUCCCGAGUCGGUGUUGACAGUCCAGGGGCUUGGCGAAGGCUCCCAGAGGCCGAAGAUUGGUGAAAGCCUUCGUGGUUUCCACCUCGACGAGCGGAUGUCCGAGAAAGGGCGCGCAAUGGCGGAUCCCCAUCGAGGGGAACUGGGGAGCGCACCGCUGGCGGCGCGAGCACCCUUGAGGGUGCGCAGCAGUGCCUCCAGCGCGCCCCCUGCCGUGGCCCCGACGGCCGCGUUCGGCGCCGCGCGCUUCUCGGUCCGCCGGGGCGCGCGGGCCCGGUCGGCGGAGGCCCCAGUGGACGUCAGCGCCGCCGUGGCCGCCGCCGUUAGCGCAGCCACGGCCGCGGCGUGGCCGCAGCCAGGCGCCGCGGGCCGCCGCGUCGAGGAGCCGCAGCAGCCGGGCCGCUGCCCUUCAGCUGCCGCAGCGCCAUCGCAGCAGCUGCAGCAACCGAGCCGCGGCUGUGGCGGACCCGCGCCCGCCCUGCGGCUGCUCGAGCCGCCCUCGACGCCCAGCCCGCGCGCGCGCACCGCCGGCGCGGCCCAGCGCCUCGACGGCAGCACGGCGGCGCGGCCGGCGCUGCCAGGCGCGGGCGCGCGGAACGGCAGAGGCAGGCAAGGCAUUCAGGGGCAACGCUAAGGAGGCAUAAGCUCAAGGGGGGGCUCGUUUCUCGGAGGCCCUCCAGUUUCGGGGUGCUCUCCAUCAGCUGCGCCUCGUUGAAGGCUUUCCGAGGCCCGAGUUAGGGCCCGAAGACCAUCGAUGAGACAUCGGUCAGCGGCAGCUCACCCUCAGGGCUUUCUCUAUAACUCAUUUUCUCGACUGAUCCUUUGUCCUGCCCCCAGUGGUCCGGGAUGCGCAUCAGAUCUGUCAGCGUUCGCGUCCGAACGCGUUUUCUGACCAAUUCUGCGAGGCCAGUGCACGAUGUCCUCAUUGCAGCGGUGCGCUUCAUCUGCGCGGAGACGUUCUUCGCCGAUGUAGCCCACCCCAACCGGGACCGUGUGGUUUUGCCAUCGGGGGCCUAUCGCCGAUCCAUGGGCGAUGUAUCUCCGAUUCCAGGUCGACGUUUCCCCCGUGAGGCGGUCUCCCCCUUUCAAGUUCCCCUUCAGACAAGGAGGAGACCUCUGCUCUUGCCAAAAGUGAAAAGCAGCACAAGCAUGAGUGUUCGGGGGUCCGCGCGGAUUCUUGGAUCGGCGCUGGGCCCCCUGACAGCGCCACCGGCGCCGCCCUUGGCGCGCUCCGCACGCCUGGGAGGGAGCUCCAGCGCCGAUCCAAGAAGUCCGCCCCGACCGCCGAAACUGAAUCAGAGGGAGGAUGGGGGGUGAGAGCGCAGUGGAACGGAGAGCCCCCCACCGGGAAAUCGGUUUCGGUUUCGUGUUCGUGUCGUGC